AGCUCGGUGGUCUUUUUAGUAGCUCUUCUACUACCUUUCCUGUUUUCCCUUCCGCUUGCCUUUCUUAUUUGCACUCUCCUCCUAUCCAAUUCUGAUUCCUUUUGUUUCUUCUUUGGUUAUUCGCUUUCACGCACGCACUGAAGUUCGACCUUUAUUAUUAUCCAUCGCAGCACGUACGGGCCACCACAGCGGGAGCAUGAGUAACGCUCGUCGCAAGACUGGCGAUCUCCCGGAAGGUGCGCAGCGCGAAGGCCGCUCGCAGGAGGCCGCCGCACCGGCGUUCGCAGAUCCCCAUGCAGGGGAAAGCGAUGAGAGGGCAAAGGCGGACAAGUACAGCGACCGCCUGCGCAUCAACCUGUCCACCAUUGACGUGGAGCCGUCCGGCGUGUCGGAGGUGCUGCUCGACGGCGAUCUCCUACACGGCAGGGACACCUCCCCCACAGCCGCAAAGGGCGCGGAGGAGGGCGUGCUCGAGGUGGGAGAGGGCGACGAGCAGCAGCAACCUCCGCACAAACGCCCAAGUGCAUUUCGCCGGUUCUUCCACGCCAUUGUACACUACUUCAACAUCGUCGUUCCUUUUGGCGGCUUCCUCGCCUCCUCCUUCAACCUCGCCUCGGCCACCCUCGGCGCCGGCAUCAUCUCCGUCCCCUCCGGUUUCAACCUGAGCGGCAUCAUCAUGUCCUGCGUGUAUUUGGUCCUGGCGGCUGCCGGUACGGUGUACUCGAUGAAUCUGCUGGCGAAGGUGAUGAUCAAGACCGGGCUGCGCACCUACGCGCAGUCUGCGCGAGUCCUGCUCGGCCGCGGCGUGGACAUUUUCCUUGCCAUUCUCAUCAUCAUCCAGUGCUUUGGCGGCUCGGUCGCCUACGUCAUCGCGACCAGCACGCUGCUGAGCCCCAUUCUCGCCGUGGAGAGCUCGCCCGCGUACCUCAAGAAGAAGUCCGGCAACCGCCUCAUCACAUCCAUUGUCUGGCUCUGCUGCAUGCUACCGCUUGUCUUUCCCAAGAAGGUAAACUCGCUGCGCUACGUCUCCACGUUUGGCGUCUCCUUCAUUGUGUACUUUGUGAUCUGCAUGGUGGCGCACUCCGCCACCCACGGCCUGAACGACCCGGCGAUUCGGGCGGAGAUGAAGACGAUGCGCACCGGCAACGAAGCCCUCGAGGGCCUUGGCGUCUUCCUCUUCAGCCUGAUGGUGCAGCUCAACGCCUUCGACAUCUUCUUCGAGAUGCAGCACAAGACGGUCUUUCACUUUACCCUCUACACCACCUGCGCCUCCGGCACGUGUGUGCUCCUCUACAUCCUGGCCGGCGUCUUCGGCUACGCCGACUUCGGCGACCGCGUCCGCGACUCUGUCCUCUCCCUGUACGACCCGGUCACCGAGCCGUACAUGGCGGUGGGUUACAUCGGCAUCAUCAUCAAGAUCUGCGUCGCCUUCGCCCUGCACAUGAUCCCCUUCCGCGACGCCAUCUACCACUUUCUACGCUGGACGCCGGAGGAGGUGCCGUACUGGAAGCACUGCCUCGUCAUGGCCAUCCCCGCCACGGCGGCGCUGCUGUGCGGCCUCUUCAUCCCGACCAUCAACACGGUGCUGGGUCUGCUAGGGUCCUUCUGCGGCGGCAUCAUCGGCAUGAUGAUGCCGGCCCUCUUCCACAUGUACUCCGGCAACUUUACGCUGCGCGAGAUUGGAUGGCUGAACUACUGUGCGACCUACCUGCUGCUGAUCGGUGGCGUGGUGUCUGUUGUGUUCGGCACCGUGACCACCAUCUACAGCACCGUCGGCAGCUCCUUCGUGUCCUAA